AAGCGGCGCGGCAGGUGCCCCGGAAGCGGCGGGCGGUGCCCCGGAAGCGGCGCGGUCAGGGCGGCGAUGGCGGCGGAGGAACCUCAGCAGCCGCAGCCGGAGCCGCUCGGCGGCAGCGACGCGGACGGCGUGAAUUGCCUGGCUUACGACGAGGCGAUCAUGGCGCAGCAGGACCGGAUCCAGCAGGAGAUUGCGGUGCAGAACCCGCUGGUGUCAGAGCGCCUGGAGCUCUCGGAGCUCUACAAGGAAUAUGCCGAGGAUGACCAUGUGUAUCAGGAGAAGAUCAAGGUGCAGCACUGGGAGAUACUGGGACACCAGUGUGGUUCUGGGAAUAGUACCACUAUGGGACUGGGAGCUACUCUGGGACACCAGCACAGGCCUGGAAGCAGCCCAGAUCUCCCAGGGGGUGUUCCCCCGCCCCCACAGUGUCCCCACGCCCCCUCUGCCUCCCAGGACCUGCUCCAGAAAUAUUCCUACAUCCGGAAGACACGUCCAGACGGGAAUUGUUUCUACCGCGCCUUUGGCUUCGCCCACCUGGAGGCUCUGCUGGAGGAUGGGCAGGAGCUGCAGCGGUUCAAGGAGGUGUCAGCGCGCAGCAAGGAGGAGCUGGUGGCGCAGGGCUUCACUGAGUUCACCAUCGAGGACUUCCACAACACGCUGAUGGAGCUGAUCGAGCGCGUGGAGCGCCGGGUGCCGCUGCCGGAGCUGCUGGCGGCCUUCAACGAGCCGGCAACCUCGGACUACCUGGUGGUUUACCUGCGGCUGCUCACCUCGGGCUGCCUCCAGCGCCACCGCCGCUUCUUUGAGCAGUUCCUCGAGGGUGGCCGCAGCAUCAAGGAGUUCUGCCAGCAGGAAGUGGAGCCCAUGUGCAAGGAGAGCGACCACAUCCACAUCAUCGCGCUGGCGCGGGCGCUGCACGUCUCCAUCCUGGUGGAAUACAUGGACCGGGGCGAGGGCGGCGCCACGAACCCGCACGUGUUCCCCGAGGGCUCCCAGCCCCGCGUCUGCCUCCUCUACCGCCCCGGCCACUACGACAUCCUCUAUAAGUGACCCCUCUGCCACGAGGGGCCUCACACCGCCCCCCGGCCAUGGGGCCCCAACCCCACAGGCCCUCUUGUGGCCUCCCGACCCCCCUCCCGCCCCCCAAUAAAGAUGCGGCCCCAGUG